CGAAGAUGGCUGUGUAAGGAACUAAAAUGCGAUUGGAACUGAAACGUGCUUGAAGUAGCCGACUGAAGACGAUGACAAUGCGCGUCGCAAGCGAAUAUGAGAGAUAAGGGGCAAUUUUUAGUCUUGACACUGCCGCCCGCGGGCACAUGAAUGUCAGCAACGCGGCUGGUGAAGGACCGGGCAGUUUGAACACGAAUAGAGUCAAGAGGCAAAAGUGUCAACUUCCAUCCCGAAUGCUCACUCUUUUCAAUUCUGACCUUAACAUCUUUCCCCAAACAAGAUCAACCUGUUUCCACCGACUUGCGCGACACAACAAUCGGCAUCACGACACAACCAGCCUGCCUGUGGAAUGCGCUUUGGGAUCACCAGAUUGAAAAUAGAUUGCCAAAUUCAGUGGCUCGCGACCACCCCUCCCGUCUUCGUCAUCGGGCUUCUCCUACUACCGUCCUACCUCUAGGCUUACACCACCGCAAUAACCCCAGCGCCAACAGAAUUGAUUGGGUCGUCAACUGGGGACUGCGACGGGACUGCGACGGGGCCGGGUCCGCUUUAUUGUCCGCUAGCUGCUUAUCGCUGGGCGCUACGUUAACGAUAAGAAGCCAGUGGCGACGUCAUCGACCCUCUCUUUCCAUUUCGCAUCGAUCAUCAGUUCUUGGUUUCCAGUCCAACGAAACAGAAGACGGAACCACACGGCAACACGGGUUGUUCGUUGUGUUGUUGGUCCAGGCUUGUUGUCGUACUCGCACUAUUUGACAGGAACCCGUGUCAUUGCGGAAACCUUGAUUCAGAUCCUUUCUCUACUCGGACCCUGAACCUGUCACUCAUCUCCGCUGUCAUCCUUUCCUGCUGCCACCUAGUGCGCGCCUACUCUGCCGACGCCUCUUGACUACACUAAUACCUCCCGUCUCCUUGAUCGUCAUCAUGUCCUGGGACCUCACCCGCCGUCGAUGGAUGCGACGGUUGAACAGCAAAUAUAUCUUUGACCGCAUUCCCUUAUUGCAUGCCAUCGUCUUCAUAAUCGAAAUGACCAUCAUCGCCCGGCUCACGAGCCGGUUCAACCAGUUCUACAAUGAACGACCUGUGCUCACGAUGAUGGUGACCAAUGCGGUCCUGGCUGGAGUCGCCGACACGGUAGCCCAGUCCAUCACGGCGGUCCGGCAACGUGCCGUCCGCAAGUACCCACCCGGCCGAGGCCCGAACGCGCGCGACGACUUUGUUGCCUACGAGAUUCACGAGCUCGACCGGAAGAACCCCCUCAACGAACAAGAGCUGAUCCCCGAGUCGCGGGACCUGCCGCCCCCGUUCGACUUUGAGCGGCUGACCCGCUUCAUGGCCUUCGGCUUCUGCAUGGCGCCCUUGCAGUUCAAGUGGUUCGGCUUUCUCGAGCGAUGCUUCCCCAUCACCAAGAAGAACGCCUACCAGUCGGCUUUGAAGAGAGUGGCUUUCGACCAGCUCAUCUUUGCGCCCUUUGGUCUGGCCUGCUUCUUCACGGCCAUGACGCUGGCCGAGGGCGGUGGAAAGAGAGGCGUGUAUGAGAAGAUGAGGGAUCUGUAUGUGCCGACGCUCAAGGCCAACUACGUUCUUUGGCCAGCGGUCCAGGUUAUCAACUUUCGGUUGAUGCCCGUGUCGCUCCAGCUGCCGUUCGUUUCCACUGUUGGUAUCGCUUGGACAGCCUACCUUUCACUCACCAAUGCCGCUGAGGAUGUGCAGCACACCACCCCUCAUCGGGCACCUGGCUCUCCCGACAUUCGUCUAUCCUAAAUGGUUGCGACGUUAACCAUCAAGGUUCUUUCUCCUCAUGCAUUCGAUGAUCACAAGGUGCCAACUGGGGCAAUACCUACCUAAAGAAUAUCCGCGCAACGACCUAAACAGUACUGUACACCUGCCGGGUUGCCUUUGUCCCUGCGUAUUCUCGCGGAGAGGGGAAUUGUAAAAAAAGUUCAAGGAAGGGGUUCGGAGGCUACUAUACCACGGCACUUCUUUCAUACAGCUGAUCGACCUCAAGGCGUCUUGGAGUUUUGACCGAGGGUAGCAUUGCCCUUUUCCUUCUUUCCGUUCGUUGUAUCUAGCUAGACCCAGUCUCAAUUGAAACAUAGAACCAUCUGGCGUUACUCCUCACAGCUGGUGAUGUCCCUUGCGCGAUACUCAACGGCGUAACGUGUGAGACGGUAAGAAGCGGUCGGGAGAUCUACAUAAAAGUCUUCCGAACAUGAGAGAUCGUAUGAAAUGGUUAGAUUAUAUAGCACGCCCAGAAAGAUGAUCACGUUGUCCCUUCAUUCCUCCCCGGUAAGCCGAAAUCCGGAUUAAUGGAAAGGGUGGUACGACUCCUACAAGGGUUGAACUGGUCGAAGGAAGCCGACAUAUUCUCGACUUGUCCGGUUCCGAGGUUAUGUUGCCAACCAUGUUCCCCAAUGGGUAAAAGUCGUGUGGAAAUGGAAGCGAAUGCGUGACCGUCAUGUGCAGGCGGC